UGCCCGAAAGGUAUGAUUACACAGAAACACGGAAGAAGAUUUUAGUAGACAGAAAUACGAUCAAACUGGGCAAUGGCGAUGCGCUCGUUCAUCGCCGGUCUCAGACGGAAAUGCGGACAUAGUCCUCCGUCUCAGAUGCUCUUAUUGGAGGAAACAAGGCUCUCGAGGUCGCUCUCCUCGGGUCCAUUGAGAAGUGAACCGCUCGAAGAAUCUCCAUCUCCAGUAGAAGAUCUGAAGAGCAGGAUCUUCAGACUCAGACUUCCAAAAAGGAGCGCGACGACCGCGAUUCAGAAAUGGGUCAGCGAAGGCAACACAAUUACCCUUUCCGAGCUUAGACAGAUUUCCAGAGAGCUCAGGAAAUCUCAGCGGUAUAAGCACGCUCUCGAGAUAUCAGAGUGGAUGGUUACUCAUCAAGAAUUCGAGUUAUCAGACUCUGAUUAUGCAGUUCGAAUUGACUUGAUGACCAAAGUUUUCGGUAUUGAUGCUGCUGAGCGCUACUUUGAAGGGCUCCCUCCAAAUAUACUUACAUGGAUGGGAGCUCAGGACAUUUUCCAGAUGUCAGGAACUGAUCAUGCACUCAGAUUGGAGUUGACCAUCAAAGUCCAUGGUGUAGCAGAGGCUGAGGAAUAUUUUGAGAAUAUACUUAACACUAACUCAAAGAAGGCUGCAUGUUUCUCCCUUCUUCAUUGUUACGUAAAAGAAAGAGCUACCAAGAAAGCUGAGGCUCUUAUGUUGAAAAUACAAGAGUUAGGAUUGGCUGUGAACCCUCAUUUAUUCAAUGAAAUGAUGAAGCUUUAUAUGGCUACUCGUCUGUUUGAGAAUGUACCAUCCGUGAUCCAACAGAUGAAAGAAAAUAAAAUACCACUAAAUGUUCUCUCGUACAACCUUUGGAUGAAUGCAUGUGCCCAGCUAUCAGGCGUUACAUCUGCAGAGAUGGUGUACAAGGAAAUGAUGAAUGACAAGAAUGUGGAAGUGGGUUGGAGUAGUCACUGUACGUUAGCCAACAUAUAUAUAAGAUCGGGCCUUGUUGACAAUGCCAUUGUGGCACUCAGAGCUGCUGAACAGAAGCUCUCAACCCAAAAGCGGCUUGGUUAUUUCUUCCUAAUUACACAGUAUUCUGCUUUGAACAACAAAGAAGAAGUACUUCGGCUCUGGGAAGCCAGCAAAUCAGUGGCAGGGAAAAUUACUUGUGCAAACUAUAUGUGCAUAUUACUGUGUCUGGUGAAAGUUGGUGGUAUUGAAGAAGCUGAGAAAGUCUUUAGGGUUUGGGAAUCUCAGUGUGUGAAGUAUGAUAUUAGAGUCUCAAAUGUCCUUCUAGGUGCUUACAUGAGGAAUGGAUGGAUGGACAAAGCUGAGUCGUUACAUCUCCAUACCUUGAAGAAAGGUGGGUAUCCAAAUUACAAGACUUGGGAGAUUCUCAUGGAGGGAUGGUUGAAAAGCCAGGAGAUGGAUAAAGCCGUGGAAGCCAUGAAGAAAGGUUUUGCUAUGUUGAAACACUGUGACUGGCGGCCAUCACCUAAAAUUAUAAUGUCCAUCUCUGAGUACUUUGUGAGGCAUGGGGACUUUGAGAAUGCAAAGAAAUAUGUUAAGGUCAUCCGUCAAUUAGGUCUCAUGAGUCUGCAAUUGUACAAAUCAUUGCUCAGGAUGCACAUUCAUGCUGGGAGACCAGCUCUAGACAUCCUAAAAAUGAUGGAGAAAGAUAAAAUCGACAUGGAUGAGGAAGUUUAUUCACUGGUUGAGUGUGUAAGCAAGUAGGUUGCUGUUGAAAUCUAAAGAGACUAGGGGAAAAUGGUUACUGCAAUUUAAUAGACCUAGAAAGCAAGUUUCAAAUUUCUCUUAUUCUGAAUUAGAUGUUUGGUUUAGGGAACGAACGGUGACAGGGUUUCUGAUGAGCCUCAAGUUGUUGACAUCACAGAUUCUGUCUGUUGGAUUCCAAAUCUGCAUCCAUGACGAAAUCCAGUUGGCGUACUGAAAAAAACAUUAGAUGAAGGGUACUAUGUUCAUGUAUUGCCCAAUGCAUGUGCCAUAAAUAUGAAUGGUGCAACAGCUGAAUCAUAUACUUGAUCAGCAAUUGUCACCAGCUUGAGUGACUGACCUGCCCUUCAACCAUCAAAUGUCAGCUUUUGGAUUGGACUAUUUAAGGCCCUUGCGUUUCUAUUAUGAGUAGUCUCAGUGAAUAAAGAAAGAUUGUGCA